UAUGAAUCCCAUAGAUCAGCAUAAAUUGUAGUUUGUGCUUAAAGAUUGUAUUUUGAAACUACAAUUUAUUGGUGAAAUCACUAGAGAUAAUGAUAUAUCAUCUGAAUUGGCUGGUUAUGAAUAAAGCAAAUUGUUGACUGAUUAAUAAACAUUAGAAAUCAAAUAUGCAGACUUAGUUGCUAAAAGAAGCACAUUAAUUGGAAUUUCAAAUAGAAAACAAUUAAGUGAAACAUAAAAAUAAAUAUAAGAAGUUGCAUAAAGAUUAAAGGAAAGUACUAAGAAAUUAUGUAGGUAUUUUAAUAAGUUUUAUUUUAGGUUAUUUAAAGAAAAUCCAAAUAUUGAUUAAGAUUCUUUAAAAGUAUAUGAAGAAAGAGCAGGAUUAAUAUCAGAUUUGGAAGUAAAUGUAGUUAUGUAUUGAAGAGUCUAAAAACUUUCAUUUAAAAUAAUUAAUUAAAUAAAUUUGCUUAAAAUGUUACUAAUAGUUUAGAAGAAUAGGAUUCAUUAAGAAAAUUUGCAGUAAGAGAAAAAGAAUUAGCAGCUGAAAUUAAAAAAUUAUAAAAUGAUAAAACUUAAGAAAUUAAGGAACAUGAACAUGAGAAAACAGAAAAAUAAAAAAAUAUUUAAUCUCUUAAAGAAAAACUACUUUAUAAAACUAAUAGAGCUGAAUUAAAAAAGAAAUAUGAUGAAAAAGUAGCAGGUUCCAAAGAGAAUACUCAAAUGAGAGUUUUUGAAUUUGCUUUAAAAGAUAUAGAAUAAUAAAUUGAAAAUUUUAAUAAAAAAAUUAGUACUGAAGAAUAAGUUCAUAAAUCACUUAAAGAGUAUUUGAUAAGAAAAGAAGUAAUAUCCUACUAAAUACAUUAAUUAGGAAGAAUCCAAAAAGAAAACUGAUGAUUAAAAUAAAUAUAUGGAUGAAAAGAAAUAAGAAUUAGAAGAGAAAAUUGAAAAAUUAUAAGAAUAAAAAAAUAUUAUGUUGGAAGAAUUGGAUAAAUUAAAUAGAAGAUUUGAAAAAGAGGAAUUAGAAAAAUAAGAAAGAGAAAGAAAAGUAAUUUUUAAUUCAUAAUUCAUACUAGGAAUUACAAGAAUAAGAAGCUAAAAAACUUAGAGAACUUUAAUAAUUAAGAAUGGAGAAUGCCAUUAAAUUAAUUUAAAACGAAUUAAUGGAAAGAAAAGAGUUAUAUGGUUUAGGUGCUAAAAAGAAGAAACCCAAGAAACCAAAGAAAUGA